AAAAAACAAACAAUUAGGUUAGAAAUGUCGGAAUUGGAGGAGUAUUGUUGUGUAUGCGUGAAAAAGCAAAACAAUUUAGAAAACAUCAAUGAAAUCGACAAUAAUUCGACAAGAUAUAAAGACAAACUAGUCUUUUGCUCCAAAGAACAGGAAUGGCCCGAUUACUACAAUAUUUGUAAAAAUUGCAUUAUCCAGCUCGAUUUGGCUUAUCAAUUCGUUAAAGCUUGCAAACAAAGUGAAGAACUGAGGAAAGAGCAAUUGAAACUCAUAGAAGAACAAAAAAUUAAAGAUAAAAGUUUCAAUUGCCACAAAUGCAACAGGGAAUUUAAACACAAAAGAUCGCUAACAAUUCACUUAAAAAGAUCUCACAAAACUCAAAAAUUACUAGAAAAUGAAUCGGAUUUUAACGAGUGUAUAUCACAAGAAGAACUCACAAACGACGAAUUCACAGAUUCGUGCGAAAACAUCCCAUAUUUUAUUCAAGAAGACACCAACAUUCCUAAUAAAAAAUCAUACGUCAACAACAAAAUAUCCCUAACGUGCGAAUAUUGCGGUAAAAUAUUCAACAGAAGGCAACAUUACUCGGCACACAUCCGUUCGAAACACACAUUCGAGAAACCUUACAAGUGCAACAUAUGCGAUGCAAGAUACACCACUUCGCACAGCCUGCUAGUGCACAAAAGAAACCACAACAACGAAAGGCCCUUCGUGUGCACCGCGUGCGGAAAAAGCUUCGUGUGCUCCGGCGAUUUGUACCACCACGGCAAAAUCCACCUCAACAAGCGCGAAUACAAGUGCAGCACGUGCGAGAAGAGCUUCAACACGGCGAGCAUCCUGCGAACGCACAAAAUCUGCAUGCACUCCGACCCCAAACAUUGGAAGUACGUGUGCAAAACAUGCGACAAGCACUUUCCCAUUAAAUCCAAUUUAGUCACGCACCAGAAGCGCCACGCCGGGAUCAAAGAGUUCACUUGCCACAUUUGCGACAAGAAGUUCUUCGAUAAGGCCGAAGUGUCCAGGCAUUUGAAGUGCCACUCGAACGAGAGGCCGUUCAAGUGCGGCCUGUGCGAAGGGAAAGAGUACAAGACUAAUUACGGUCUGAAGAAGCACAUGAAAAUUGUGCACGACAAAGGGACUAUUACCAUCGUUAAACCGGAGAAGAAAUACGCUUGUUCGCAAUGCCCUCGGGUGUUCGCUUUUAAUAAUAAAUUGCAGAAACAUAUGUACACGCAUACAGGUGACAAACCGUUCAAGUGCCAGCUCUGUAAAAAGGGGUUUAUCGAAAAUUAUUAUAGGAGAUUACAUAUGCAAAAGAAACAUAACGUCCAAUCGGUAGAUUGAAACAGGGCAUUAAAUUAAAUUUAUUUAUAGUCUGAAUUAAAAAGAAACUGAUUUUAAUUUAAAGCCCUGGAAUAAUUUUACUCUAAUUGUGCAAUUAUUGAUAUUGCGUCUCACCUACAGACUGCAGAUCUUGUCUAAUUCUAAAUGUUUACAUAUAAUUUAAGUAUCGCUAGUGUUGAUA